UUGGAUCCUGAUGUGGUUGUCGAUCCUGCUCCUGACCCUCCCGCUGAACCAGCACCAGCCGCAGACUCCUCCGCAUCUUCAUCAGCUUCUUCCUCUUCCUCCUCGGCUUCCGACUCAUCAGCCUCUGACUCCUCUGCCUCAGACUCCUCUGACUCUUCCUCAUCCUCUUCCUCGUCUUCCUCUUCAGAGUCAGCUAGUGCUGAAGGUCUGCCAUCUCUCGAACUCCUCUAAAUGGUGUCAUUGCUCAGCAGUGUGCUGAUGUAAAGUUAACAGACGCAUUGAUCCUAGCAGAAAGUGUAUGCUGUGUAUGCAGAUCUGCAUAGAAAGGGAAGAGUGUAGCCUUCUUUGUGUUUGUAUUUGUAAUGGUAUCAGGAAAUGUGUAGGAGUAUGUGUACAUGUUUGUGUUGACACAAAAAAUGGGAAGUGAAACUGUUCAUUAAUAUAGGCUACCGUUGCUGCUCUAUAAUAGGAAGUAAAACCACAUUUGUACUGUAUAAGGGUUGACGUGUGUGUGUGUGUGUGUGUGUGUGUGUGUGUGUGUGUGUGUGUGUGUGUGUGUGUGUGUGUGUGUGUGUGUGUGUGUAGGUGUUCCAGCUACAGCAGAGGACCCAGCUGCAGCUACAGAGCCAGAGGUGAUCAUGAAGAGAGACCUGGCCUCAGUGCUGCUGAGGAGAAAGAGGGCGGCUGGACCUGCAGCUGCUGCCUUCACCCUCACCCAGGUGGAGAGGUAGGCUCCAAUACCCUUUUAGAACUAGAAAUUCUAGAACACACACCCUUCACAGAACUACUCCACCAUUACUCGAUAGAAGAUGUACAAGUUAAUAGACGAUUCGACAUUCAGACAACAUUCCCUAUAGCAAAUAGACAAAUGCCCUACCAGUACUGUAGUACACUACUUCAAUACUACAGCACUUUUACUAAAGCUUUUUGCUACCAUCACUCAACACUACACUACACACACUCUACUAUGGCUAUCUGCCAGCAAACAGCUGUCACAACCAUAUGUCAAAUGUGACCUACUAUAAUUAUGGGUGUUCCUUUUCCUGAAAGCCUCAUUUAGUCGUUUAACAGUCAAGGGUGUUACCUCACGUAUGAUUUGGUGUUAGAAUGUGUGGCGUUGCAAUGAUGCUUGGGAAAAAGUGUGGAAUGUUAAUUGCAUCGUCACCGCCAAGAGACCAAAUAAUCUGUUUACAUUUUACCCUACACAUUUACAUCUAGGCCACACUCUUAAUGUACUUCAUACAAGCCAAAUGACUGGAGCAAAAUAUGCAGAAUAUUUGUCCUAUUUUGUAAAAAAACACACACAAAAAACACAUGAAACAAGAAGUCAAUUAACCCCAACUUUCUCUCUCUCUCUCUCUCUCUCUCUCUCUCGCUCUCUCUCUCUCUCUCUCUCUCUCUCUCUCGCUCUCUCGCUCUCCUCUCUCUGCUCUGCUCUCUCUUCUCACUCUACAUACCUCUCUCUCUCUCUCCUCUCUCUCUCUCUCUCUCUCUCUCUCUCUCUCUCUCUCUCUCUCUCUCUCUCUCUCUCUCUCUCUCUCUCUCGUCCAGUCUGAGUGAGGUGUGUGAGCUCAACCUGGCCUGUGAGCACAUGGCGGAGACAGCAGGCAUCGUUGCAGCAUACACCGCAUACUAUGGACCACCUCCCUUCUAA